GGCGCCGUUUCUCACGUCCUCAAACCGCCUUUUCCUUCGCGCUCCACCGAAACCCGGCGAACGGUGGCGACGCGAAGACGAGGAGGAAGGAAUGUUAUUCUAGGAGCACCUGGAAUAGAGAAGACGAGUCAUGAGUCUCGUGAGCGUGAGGGCGACGCGCCUCGCCUGAAGAAGUGUCGUUGCAGACCGAGCCGGGUCAGAAGUUGACCUUCUCCAGUAAGCUGUGCUUCGCCAUCGGCGGCGCCCCCAAGGAGGUGGCGGGCAGCGCCACGGCCUUCUUCCUGCAGAUCUACCUGCUGGACGUGGCUCAGAUCAACGCCUUCCAGGCCUCCAUGGUGCUGUUCAUCGGUAAAGCCUGGGGCGCCGUGACCGACCCGGUGGUCGGGUUCUUCAUCACGAAGAGCAAGUGGACCAAGAUCGGCCGACUCAUGCCCUGGAUGGUGGGCUGUUCUCCGUUCCUGGUGGUCUCGUACUUCUACCUGUGGUUCGUCCCCCCCUUCAUCAGCGGCAGGUUCCUGUGGUACCUGGGCUUCUACUGCCUCUACCAGACCCUCAUCACCUGCUUCCAUGUGCCGUACUCCGCUCUCACCAUGUUCCUGAGCACGGACCAGAAGGAGCGGGACUCGGCCACCGCCUACCGGAUGACCAUGGAGGUGUUGGGGACCCUCGUGGGCGCCGCCAUCCAGGGUCAGAUCGUGGCCAGCGCUCACACCCUGAAGCACUGCCCGCCGCACAACGCCACCGCCGGUUACCCCGGCAACGGCAGCGGGGCGGAGAUCGCCAGGAGGCUGGUGCGCUCGCAGGACUACCUGUCUCACUCGAAGGAGGUGUACAUGAUGGCUGCCGGUGUGAUCGGAGGCGUGUUCCUCGUCUGCACCGUGGUCAUGUUCCUGGGGGUCAGAGAGAGAGACGAUCCCUACGCCCCGAGGACGGAGGAGCAGGUCCCGUUCCAGCAGAGCUUCGUCCUGGUGAUGAGACACGGGCCGUACCUCAUCCUGACCGCCGCCUUCCUCUUCAUCACCGUCGCCAUUCAGCUGGUCCAGAGCAACUUCGUCCUCUUCUGCACUUACGCUGCUGACCUGAGGGACCACUUCCAGAACAUCGUGCUGACCAUCCUGGUGUCGGCCGUCGUCAGCAUCCCGGCGUGGCACUGGUUCCUGCAGCGCUUUGGGAAGAAGACGGCGGCGUUCUGCGGCAUCACAUGGAUCAUACCCUUCACCUUGAUGCUGGUCUUCAUCCCCAACGUGGCGGUGGCCUACGUGGUGGCCGUGGCCUCGGGGCUCAGCGUGGCCGCCUCGCUGCUGUUGCCGUGGUCGAUGCUGCCCGACGUGGUGGAUGACUUCAGGCUGGCCAACCCCUCCUGCAAAGGCCACGAGGCCAUCUUCUACUCCUUCUAUGUCUUCUUCACCAAGUUCGCAUCGGGCAUCUCCCUGGGCGUGUCCACCCUGUGCCUGGAAUUCGCAGGGUACAACACCGGCGCCUGCAAGCAGCCGGCCCCCGUGGUGUACACCCUGAAGCUGCUCAUCGGCGCCGCCCCGGUGGCCUUCAUCGUGACGGGCCUCAUGAUCCUGCUGCUCUACCCAAUCAGCGAAGACGUGCGGCUCAGGAACAGACUGUGCCUGGACGAGCUGCGGAAACAAAGCAUCAGCUCCAGAACAAUGGAGGACGUGACUGCGUGACCUCCUCGACCUUGAAGGAAGUGACCUCCGCUGGACAGUCGGC